CACAUGGGUAGACUUUCCUUGUUGCUGCCUUCCCCAUUGUAUUUGUGUCUCCUUACCAUCCAGGACUUUUAUGGAUGCGAGUCAAAACUUUCAGACUCCCAGAAAACAUCUGUGGAUCACUGGACUUUGGAUUUUCUGUCAGUUUAAACAAAGAAAGCAAAUAUUAACCCCCAAAUCCUGGGAAUUAUCAUUGCAGCAGUGUGGUCUUUUCUUUUCUUUUUCCAGCUGCCUGUGGGAAAAUAAUUUUAACAUUUAAAAUGGAAUGAUGGCCCUCAUUUUGGCGGGCACUUUUGGAAUGGGAGUUCACACUGGACAAGUCUUGGUAACUUUCUUGUGGUGACAGAUGAGACAUGAGAUCUUCAGCCUCCAGGCUCUCUAGCUUUUCCUCCAGGGAUUCAUUAUGGAAUCGGAUCAUGCCGGACCAGAUCACCGUGUCGGAGUUUAUUGCUGAGACCACAGAGGAUUACAACUCCCCAACCACAUCCAGCUUUACUACCCGGCUACAGAACUGCAGGAAUACCGUCACACUGCUAGAAGAGGCAUUAGAUCAGGACAGAACUGCACUACAAAAAGUUAAAAAAUCUGUAAAAGCUAUAUAUAAUUCUGGGCAAGAACAUAUCCAAAAUGAAGAUAACUAUGCACAAGUACUAGAUAAAUUUGGAAGUAAUUUCUUAAGUAGAGAUAAUCCAGAUCUGGGCACUGCUUUUGUAAAAUUUUCCACGCUGACUAAGGAAUUGUCAACACUCCUGAAAAAUCUGCUCCAAGGCUUGAGCCACAAUGUCAUCUUCACAUUGGAUUCCCUUUUAAAAGGAGAUUUGAAAGGAGUCAAAGGGGAUCUUAAAAAGCCUUUUGACAAAGCCUGGAAGGAUUAUGAGACCAAAUUCACAAAAAUUGAAAAGGAAAAAAGAGAACAUGCAAAACAGCAUGGGAUGAUAAGAACGGAGAUUACUGGAGCUGAGAUAGCAGAAGAAAUGGAGAAAGAAAGAAGGCUAUUUCAGCUCCAGAUGUGUGAAUAUCUCAUUAAGGUUAAUGAAAUCAAGACAAAAAAAGGUGUGGACCUUCUACAGAAUCUUAUUAAGUAUUAUCAUGCACAGUGCAAUUUCUUCCAAGAUGGCUUGAAGACGGCUGAUAAACUAAAACAAUAUAUUGAAAAACUGGCUGCUGAUUUAUAUAAUAUAAAGCAAACACAAGAUGAAGAAAAGAAACAGCUCACUGCACUCAGAGACUUGAUAAAGUCUUCAUUACAGAUUGAUCAGAAGGAGGAUUCACAGAGCAGACAAGGAGGAUAUAGUAUGCACCAACUUCAGGGAAACAAAGAAUAUGGCAGUGAGAAGAAGGGUUAUCUUUUUAAAAAGAGUGAUGGGCUACGGAAAGUUUGGCAAAGAAGAAAGUGCACUGUCAAAAAUGGUAUUCUGACCAUAUCACAUGCAACCUCAAACAGGCAACCUGCUAAAUUGAAUUUGCUAACCUGUCAAGUGAAACCAAAUGCAGAAGACAAGAAAUCAUUUGACCUGAUAUCACAUAAUAGAACGUACCAUUUUCAGGCAGAGGAUGAGCAAGACUACGUAGCAUGGAUAUCAGUAUUGACUAACAGCAAAGAAGAAGCUUUAAAUAUGGCUUUCCGUGGAGAACAGAGUGCAGGGGAAAAUAGUUUAGAAGAUCUUACAAAAGCCAUUAUUGAUGACAUACAGAGAUUCCCUGGAAAUGAUGUCUGCUGUGAUUGUGGAUCACCAGAUCCCACAUGGCUUUCAACUAACCUGGGUAUUUUAACCUGUAUAGAAUGCUCUGGAAUACAUAGAGAAAUGGGUGUUCAUAUUUCUCGAAUCCAGUCUAUAGAGCUAGACAAAUUAGGAACAUCCGAACUCUUGCUGGCCAAGAACAUUGGAAACAAUAGUUUUAAUGAAAUUAUGGAGGGGAAUUUACCAAGUCCUUCUCCAAAACCUACUCCAACAAGUGAUAUGACUGCACGUAAAGAAUUUAUUACUGCUAAGUAUGUAGAUCAUAAGUUCUCCAGAAAGACUUGUGCAUCUGCAGCAUCUAAACUGAAUGAACUACUUGAGGCUGUUAAAUCCAGGGAUUUACUUGCACUACUUCAAGUCUAUGCAGAAGGGGUCGAACUAAUGGAGCCACUGCUGGAGCCUGGACAGGAGCCAGGUGAAACAGCCCUUCAUUUAGCAGUCCGGACUGCUGACCAAACCUCACUCCAACUGGUUGACUUUCUUGUACAAAACUGUGGAAACCUGGAUAAACAGACCGUAUUGGGAAAUACGAUUCUGCACUACUGCAGUAUAUAUAAUAAGCCUGAAUGUUUGAAAUUGGUUUUGAAGGGCAAGCCAGCUAUAGAUAUAGUGAACCAAACUGGAGAAACUGCUCUGGACACUGCAAAGAGACUGAAAUCUAUUCAGUGUGAAGACUUGCUUUCUCAGGCCAAAGCAGGAAAGCUCAAUCCACAUGUACAUGUAGAGUAUGAGUGGAAUCUUCGGCAGGAAGAAAUGGAUGAAAGUGAUGAUGAUUUGGAUGACAAGCCUAGUCCAAUAAAGAAAGAGCGUUCUCCAAGACCCCAGAGCUUUUGUCAUUCUUCCAGUAUUUCUUCCCAAGACAAAAUGGCUAUUCCUGGACUUAGCACUCCAAGGGACAAACAGCGACUCUCCUAUGGAGCCUUUCCCAAUCAGAUUUUUCUCUCUGCAAGCAUGGAUUCCACAACUUCUCCAACAGCAGCAGAUGCUCCUCCACUCCCACCUAGAAAUGCUGGUAAAGGUCCAUCUGGCCCUCCUUCAACCCUCCCUUUAAGCACUCAAACCACUAGUGGCAGCUCCACUCUGUCUAAGAAGAGGCCCCCUCCCCCACCCCCUGGACACAAAAGAACCCUCUCUGACCCACCAAGCCCACUACCUCAUGGACCCCAGAAUAAGGGCCAAAUUCCUUGGGGUAAUGAUUUGGGUCCACCUGCCACAAAGACUGCAAACAAGUUUGAGGGGAUGUCUCAACAAUCAGGCACUGGGACUGCUAAGACUGCACUGGGCCCAAGAGUUCUUCCAAAACUACCUCAAAAAGUGGCACUGAGAAAAAUAGAUACAAUUCACCUUCCUUCAAUAGACAAGUCCAGUCAACAUUCAGAAUUUUUUCAGAAGUCUGCUUCACUUUCUAUUGAUCUGCCACAGAAACCACAACCUGGAGAUUUACCCCCAAAGCCUCAGCCUCUGGAACUACCCCAAAAACCUCAAAUUGGAGAUUUACCCCCAAAGCCAGGAGAAUUACCCCCAAAACCUCAGUUAGGGGACCUACCACCAAAACCACAGCUUGCAGACUUGCCUCCGAAGCCACAAAUGAAGGACCUUCCUCCAAAGCCUCAACUAGGAGAUGCUUUGGCUAAAACUCCGGUUGGAGAAAUGCCACCAAAGCCUCAACUCUUAGAGGCGAAUCAAAAAUCUCAUUCUGUGGAUCUUUCUCCAAAGGUCCAAUCUAAAGACACCAUCCAAAAGCAAGCAUCUGAAGACUCUAAUGAUGUAACACAUGCAUUGCCAGAGACGCCUGUGCCACUUCCUAGAAAAAUUAAUGUGGGAAAGAACAAAGUUAGGAGAGUGAAGACAAUCUAUGAUUGCCAAGCAGAUAAUGAUGAUGAGCUUACAUUUGUUGAAGGAGAAAUUAUUAUUGUGACAGGUGAAGAGGACCAAGAGUGGUGGAUUGGCUACAUUGAAGGAAAACCUGAAAGAAAAGGGGUUUUCCCAGUAUCCUUUGUCCACGUUUUGUCAGACUAAAUCAAAUCAGAAACUUGAGCAUUGCACAUCCUUCCUGCAAGACGGGCUUUUAGCAUGAAGCAAACAGCUAAUCCCUCCCUCUAAUUCUGUGCACAACUGUGGAUAUAUAUGUGUAUAUAACUGCUGUUACAGAACAAGAACUCAUUUAUGGCUCACCCAGUGUGGUGAUGUAUACUUGUAUUGUAAAUAAUGAUGUUACUCUGCCUUUGCCAGUAUUAUGGUAGCCUUGGGACCUGGCAUGCCUUAUUGGGUUUGCUCAAGCCAUCCUUGGCAUCAAGCACUUACAUCUCUCUGUGUGUAUGAACUACCAGCUCCCUAAAAAUGAUUCGUCUCAUUCAGUCCUGUUUAACUGUACAGAAAUUACACUCCUAAUAAAUCAGUAUUCUUCAGAUAGAUAAGUAGCAAAGAGUUAGAUUCAGUUUUCAAAAUGAACUGCUUUGGCUCAUUUACAGCCCAGUUUAUAACUACAAAUGUAUACAGUUUACAGCUUGUAAAAUCCACUUCCUGGUUGUCAAAAAAUUGUUCAAUGUACACAUCAAACAAAAGAAAUAUUCACUGACGCUACAGAUAACCAAUAGUAUUUUAUGGUGUGCAUGAACAAGCAUUUCAUGUUUGUAUAAUGUAGUUACAGUUUAUCCCUGUGAUAUUUACCUCACCUAACACCAUCUGAAAGUCUUCAAUUAAAAUUACUCUAUCUAAUGAAGGAACACACAUGGGAUUUUUGGCUGGAGGCUUCCUUUCAUCGAAACAGGCACUCAAAAAGAAAAAUAGUCCAUUCCUACUUGCAUGCUUUAGAUUGUUCGCUACAACCUCUGUUUAUGUAGAAACGUUACAGGUGUCUAUCAGCUUUUUAAUUUUUCAAGCAGUGCAGCCUUGUGAUAAUCUAGUUGCUACCCAGAUUGACAGAUGAGUUUACAUGAAUACUAGUGUUUUAACUAAUUGGCUCAUUUAGAAGAUCAUUUUGCUGUUGAGGGAUUUGAGCUUUUCAGGCCACUGGAGGAUAUUGUCAUAAUGUUCACUUAGUAUUCUUGCGUCAAGAAAUAACAAACACUGUUAUCAGAAUGAGUGAAAAAUAACAUUUCUUGCAAAUUAUCAACUAUUAAUUCAUGAGGCCAGACAGUAAUAUUUGAAGUUACAUUUGCUUUUAUUGAAUCCUAAUUAUGGCUCAAGGUUGAACUUUCAGAAUCUGCCAGCAAUCAUGCAACCACAGAUUUCAUAACUUAAGAAGGAUGUGUUAGUUGAUCUGAAGUUCCAGUAUUACAUUACUUGCAGCUAAAACACAUUUUUUAUUCUAGUCAGUAUAUUAAGGAUAUAUUCAUUUCUGAUAAGCUGUUUCAUUUAUUUAUUAUUGACCAUUCUUUUUAAUCAUGUGCAAAGCAGAAUGUUCUUGUUGCUUAUGAUAGAACAUUUUACAAUGUGGCUCAAUGUGUGUUGUUAGUUUGCCUAGCCUAUAAUAAUGAAUAAAGCAGGAGUGGCUGUGGCUCUCCAGAUGUUGCUAGACUACAGUUCCCACCAUCCUGAGUAUUCUGGCGGGAGCUGCUGUGAGUUGGAGCCAAACAAAUAAGGAAGGCUGCAGGUGAGCCACACUCGCUUAAAUUGUUACUUUGGUAAUAGCAUAUGGUUUCUUUUCCUUUCCUUGUAGCAAGAUCUUAUGGCUCCAUGUCAAAAUGCUUCCAUUUCACAAAAAGCACAAGUUCACAUUAAUCACUCUGAGGCUUUCGCUUUUGGUGUUUUACAAACCUGUACUCAGUGAAUAUUUAUUUGUAUUUAAAUGGUUAACAUACAAAACAUAAUCUAAGAAACCUUGCAUGAAGAAGAGCAAAAUAUUUAUCAGCUAUUAUUGGAAAGUGGUUUUUAAACUAUUGCUUCAUCCAUGUCAUGACUCAUUUUGUUAAAAGAUAAAAGUUUUCAAAUGAGUGACUGAGCCUGCUGGCAUCAACUGUGCAGUGUUACCGAUUUCAGUGUUUUCUCAGACUCGUGCUGUUUAUAUAAAAGCCAGAACAAAAAUGAUGUAGCAUUCCAUAUUGCUCAUCAAUGCAGUGUGCUUCAGAUGCAUUAAAAAACAAAGCUGAUCUAUCUUUUUUGUCAAGUAUAUUUUAAAAUUGUCUCCACAUCCACUGGUUGAAAAAAAAAAAAGCAAACCAUAUAAAGAAGAUCCAGAUGUGUAAAAUGAUGUAGAGUCAAAAUGUCUAUUAUUUUGUAUGCUUUUUGAAGUAGUAUUAUAUGAAUUUUUUUAAAAAAUAAAGUGAGUUCCAUCAGGAACAAGAGUUGACUAUUCUGGGUGAUUUGAAAGUCCAUAGGAGAACUGAAAUACAAUGUAUGAUAUAUAGGUUGAAUUUAAGUGAAUUUAAGUACAAUAUUGUAUUGUAUUUAAACUCAGAGCCACUAUCUACAAUUUUGUACAUGUCAUAUUUGGGAAGUCUGUUGUUUUGGAUUCUCCCCCCCAAAUCCUCCCUGGGAGUGUGUUCUGCAAAUGGUGUGUUGUUUUACUGUUGAACAGCAAUUGAUAUUUAUUUUUUUAUGACAUAGUGCAUCAACAUGUAUAGAAAUCAGAUCUGGUAGAGCCACUAGUUAGAAACUGAAAUCUCAUUUGAAUGUUACAUUCAUCAUACAUCAGUACACUUGUCUCCUUGUGUGUUUAAUGUGACAGUUUGAGUACUGUAUGUGUUAAUUUCUACUUUUUUAAUAUUUAAAUUGCUUUUAAAUAAAUGUAUUCAGUUGAUCCUAGACAUCUGAAUGUCCUUUUAUCAACUGGAGUCUGCUAUAGGAAGAAAAAGUUGAUCUCAUUCACAUACAAUUAUACAGCGUUUUUUCUGACACUCGUGUUAGUUGACUAAGGGUUAGUAAAGGGAUAAAGGGCACCAGUUAAGCAUAUACAUUCAUUGCAGUGCUCAUACACUAAUUUGAACUUGGGACAUACUGUGCGCAGAGGGU